UCUCGUUUUUUGGUUGUCCACUCUUCAACGACCUGUUUCUCACUCACGGCCACCUACACGUGUAUCGUCAUCGUAUUCAGUCCUUUACUAAAAUACCCUCCGACCGGAUCGUUCAUUGCCCGGCGACUUUUUCCGUCUUCUCGACUCGAUCACAAAUGAAUGGGCUAGAACGGACAUUUACUCGUGGAACAUGUCAUUGCCCAACCCUGACACUUCCAAUGUAUCACCAAGAAACGAUGUGAAUCAAUCCCUUGGCGAACCCUCGAUAACCUCAUCGUCGUCGUCGUCGUCCUUCACUCCCGCAGCCACCACUCCACCUAUUCGAAACGACGCCAGGAAAUCCUAUCUUGACGUCCCUGCAUUCCAUCCUACCUUCCGACCCUCCCUCGACAGCACCUUCACCGAACUAUCCGAGUUAUCGUUCCAUUCAGAAGAGUUACGGAACACCCGUCCUCUCAUCCGCAGUGUACCUGAAGAUGCCACAGCAACCUCGUUCUGGUCCCGCUUCGCCGUCGCCUUGCACAAAUUCUACAUCUUCAACUAUGGCGCCAUGCUCGUGAUCCUUGCCCAAUUCUUUGGCGUGGGAAUGAACGUGAGCACCCAACUCCUCGAAACGGCGGGGUCCCAUGGCGAGCCCAUGCAUCCAUACCAAAUCCUCUUUGUCCGUCAGUCCAUUACCGCCGCGUUAUGUACGGCGUAUGGUCUCUAUACCAAGUCCAUCCCUGACUUUCCCCUGGGUCCCAGAGACGUGCGGUGGUUGCUCGUGUCACGAGGCUUGUGUGGAUUUUUUGGGGUGUUUGGCAUGUACUUCAGUCUCUUGUACUUGCCCCUCAGUGAAGCCACGGUCUUGACAUUUCUCUCCCCCAUACUCAGCUGUUACCUCUGCAGUUUUGUCAUUCCAGGAGAGACCUUCACCAAACAGCAGCAGCUCGCUGGCUUUGUCAGCCUGAUUGGUGUUAUCUUCAUUGCCCAGCCAGCCUCGCUGUUUGCAUCGAGCACUUCUGACUCGACAUCAUCACCGUCAUCAGGUGGUCCCGGGACCUCGGCGGCGAGAAAUUCAACCAUGACCCAAGAGCAGCCUGAACAAGGCCCGACCCCACAUGAACACUUGCUGGCCAUUGCCAUUGCAAUGGUAGGUGUUCUCGGUUCGACUGGUGCCUUUACCUCCAUUCGCGCCAUAGGCACACGAGCCCAUGCCUUCAUCAGCAUCAAUUACUUUAGUGUCUGGUGCACCAUCGUUUCCAUGUUCUGUUUGAUCGUCUUUCCCGACGUCAAGUUUCGACUGCCAGGUAAUUUGAUCGAAUGGACGUUGCUGAUCAGUCUCGGACUGUUUGGCUUCGUGAUGCAAUUUCUGCUGACGGCCGGCCUUACUUAUGGUGGACCGUCAUUGCCUUCAGAGGCGUCAGUGCCGCCGCCGCCAGAGCAUCAUCUUUCCUUUGCCAAGACAGGAGACGUGGAGAAUCAUGACCCGGACAGGCCUAAUGUCCCCCAUGAAAGCUUCAGGUUCCAGUCUAUCCCCAGGCCGACCGCGGCGGGUUCUGGGACGAGAGCGACGAGUAUGGUGUAUGUCCAGAUGCUUUUCGCGCUGGCGAGCGACAGGGUCUUUUUCAAAAUCACACCCACCGCAAUGAGUUGGAUUGGCAGCGGUCUCAUCUUGGCCGGAGCCAUCUGGGUCGCCGCGGCACGUGACGAAGAGACGACAACGACAUCAUCUCACACAGGCGUCGACGAUGCUGUGCUCCCCGGGUCGUCUGUAGUGCUUACCGAGAGUACGGGUGGGAAAGAAAACGAAGUCACCGAAGAGGUGGUUGGAUUGAUGCAGGAUCAUGACAUUCACGAAGCAUACGAUGAUGAUGACGAUGACGAUGAACGUGGGGAGGCGACCCCCAAGGAUGGACAUGACGACGGUGGAACUGUCGAGGCUUUGGAACUUGACGAGCUACCAACCACCCCAAAGUAGGAUCAGACCUGACGGGCUGGUUUGACCAUUGGUGUAUUUAUCCACAUCAGGGCAAAUUUGGGUGUUGGAGAGAAAGAUACUGGUGUGGAAGGGGAGAAAACAGAGGGCUUUGAUGUGGAAAUCGAACCUGGUCAUAGUACGCAACAUCAUCAACAUCAUAUACGAGCUAUAUACAAAGAGAGAGAGAGAGUAAGGCCAGGUCACCAGGGGUGGAAAUGGAAGAAUAAAACAAGGCAGUGGCAUAGCGUCGGCGUGGUCCUAAUUUGGGAGGACAUGGGACCUUCAAUACAUUAUGGAUACCAGAAAAUCCCAAGAAAUUAUA